AUGUCAACCAACGCAGCCGGCACGUCGGCGCCGGAUCGUCGAGACUCCGCGAAGGUCUCCGACGGCCUCAGAGGAAGCCCCGCCUCCCACACGAACGGUCACGAGCAAGUAGUGCGCCAGGGUCACCAAAGACUGGUUUUCACUGACCCUGUCGCCCUACGAUACCUUGAGGAAGACCCUUCGACCGACGUCCUUCACCGCCGCUCUACCCUGCAAGGCUACGAGAUCUACAUUGUCGAACAAUGGGCCUGCUCUCGCGUGCAUCCGACCUUUGUUAUUUCGACAUAUACUGGAGACCCGUCGCAUACAGUUAUUGUUGGGGUACUCAGCGUACCAACAGAUGAAGCCACAUGGUCACCUCGCCUGCGACUGUAUUUUGACGCUGUCAAGCAGUACCAUGCUCGACAGAAGGAGACCCCACUCGGCACUGUCAUGGUCACAGACUUGGGCACUUUCCCAUCGGCCCUCACGGUCAUACCGGUCCCACAAGGCGAUAUCAAGAAACACCGAGAGGAUUUCAUUGUGAACGAAAACUUGAAGCGGCUGGGUUGCGCUGGACGGGCAGGUCUCAAGCUUCAGUCUCCAUUACCAGCCACUGAAGCAAAGUUCCAUCAGCUAUACCGAACAAACGAGCGGGUUCCUCUCUAUAAUGCAGUAAUUGAGUUGGUAAAGCAGUGUCAGAUUGCCUUGAUGGUGUUUGAUAAACUAGCGCCGGAAUAUGUGGACGGUCUCCUGUGUGAUGUGACUGAAGCAGCAAUCAGUGACUGGUGGGCAGAUAUCGGAUCAGAAUUGUAUAAUAUUGAACCGAGUGAUGGUACGUUGGGACCGACCACGGUGUCUGCUCUUCUCGGAACACUUCUGGGUGCCCGGAAUCGACUUCACACAUAUGGAGCCCCUGUGGGGAAGGAUGCCUUCGAUAUCGACAACCUAAAACGGGGUAUCAGCGGGUUCCAGAAGUCCCAGAAAAUGAGUCGAACAAGGAGACUAGAUCGGCCGACCUUGGAGCGACUACAUCGCGCAACGGCCAAGGCUGCUAACGCGGAAGGGUGGACCGAUGCUGUCAAAUCAACGAUGGCUGAGCUCAGCGGCCAAGGUGGUGAGAUGGUCAUGGGAAUGGUUCGUGGACGCGAGAAGGGCGGGAUUGCCGACAUUGAAACACUUGAUAUCGAUACCUUUAUCCAGUGCUGUUACGGAUCAAGACCAAAGUGGCUGUGGUUGGGGAAACUCCGCAAGAGUGGCCAUGAUGACUCGUUCACCCGUGCUCCAACGUCAGAAAUGAUGUUUACCACAGAUGACCAGGGCGGCUAUCUUUGGACAAGUCGGAAGAAGCACUCCGGAGAGGACUUGCAUGCCGAACGAGUGACCUCCAAUCUCGACCGACAGUGGAAGCCUUCAGAAAUGCUAGCUGCCGAAGAAAAAGACCAUCGGAAGAAAGGCGUUAGCGGAAGAGUGUCAGAUGCUCGGGCUGGCCUGGGCCGUUUCAAGGACGCAGUGGGCCUGCCUGGUCUGCGGUCUCAUCACCACAAGCAUUCUCGUGACGGCCCUGAAGUGAUGCAUGAUAUUGCUUAUCGCCCGUCUAUGGACAGCGAUACCGAGCCCUCUAUCACUAAAACAAGAAGCAGCACCGGUCCAACAUCUGAGUCAAAGCUUGACGGAGAGUCGGAAUAUCGACCUGAGGAUGAUCAGAGCCAACCCUCCACUCGGACGGAUUCAGUGCCCGAUGCCAAGCCUCCGGAAAUUCACAUCGAGGCUGCACCGACAGCCACAGAGCCAGACUCACAGGUGCAGCAACAGGAUCAUCUUCCAGUCCCAACAACCCUUCCUGGCGUGGAAGAAGAAUCGGAUCUAGAGCGCACUGUUACCCGGUCUACCGCCGCCUCAAGCGAACCGGGAGAUCCAGAAGAUCCACGGCCAAGUCUAGCCUUGAUGUCUCUUCGGCGAGCUCAAAGCUGCGAAGAGCUUCGAAGUAGUGAAAUAGACCCCCAGCGCUGUGAUGAGCGAUGCCCGAGGCACCUUUCCUUCAGUAACGUGGAAGAAGUGGUCCACGCAUCUAAGCCGCUAGUUGAACAGCCGAGAGUCGAUAAAACGGCCACGUUGGAAGAAGCCAUUGCCCAAGAAGACAUCUUGGCAUCCGAUGCUCGUAUCUUCAGCUCCCGAAUAUUGCAUUUGUCUGAACAUACUGCCCCUUGGGUUGAACGUCAAGUGGAUUCGGUGGACGGCCUCAACAGACUACUCUAUGAUCAGCACGAAGAACUUAAUUCAGUCUACAUUGAGCGGUUUGGUGAUUAUCAACGGCUACGAGAACGAUCCAGUGAUCUCUUGACCGAUGAGAGUUCCUAUUUGAAUGACAGUGUCAGACGCGUUGAGCUGCUUGGCGCUAAACUGGACUACGAACUUCAUGUCCUUGAAUCUAAAGUUGACGAUAUGGAGGAAGGAUUGACCGACUUUGAGCGACAUAUAGUCAACGUGGAAACUCGCGUCAAAGCCCUACUCCAGGGCGAGGAAGAGCAUAGCAUCUCCUGGAUGGCAUGGGUUCGACGAUCCUUCGGCCUCUCAGGGUCUUCUGGCUCGUAA